GAUGCCAAAAUUAAAGAAUAGAGAAACAAUGGAUUAUGAUACAAAAUUUCAAUAUUAUGUAUCUCAGCUUACUAUAUUAAAGGACUAUUCACACUUUUUAAAGAAAGAUUGGAAAGUAUUGAAAAAGAAGUUUGAUUUGGAAUUUGAAAAGAUUGAUAAAUUUUCAGUGAAUAUUAGCUCUGUUAUUGGAGAAAUUGUUUAUGGGAGGAAACAAGUUCUAGUCUUGCAUCGUUUUCAAUUAUUAAGAAGAAUAUGUAUAUUUUGUGGAAAAAAUCAUUACGAUGUUAUGUUAACAACUCUAGAUCGUUUAUUGAACUUUUUCGAAGAUACAAAACUUCAUGCUCAAGUAAUAAUAGAUGUGGUGAAGCAUAUAGGAUGCAUUCUCCAUAGAAUAGGAGAAUUAUUAUAUGGUAUUGAAGAUAAUCAAUCAAAAUUAAUGCAAAGUAUCAUAAUAACUCGACAAUACCAUUUUAAAUUAAAGAAAUUUAUGAGUGGUUCAAAGAAUUUAGAAGUCUACGCCAGCCAUACAACAUUAAAUGAUUAUGAUAACAAAAAUGAAAUGCUUAAUAUAACGAAAGCUGGUGAAGGUUUGAAAGAAAUUCCAAAUCGCUUGAAUCAAUUAGAGGUUCAAAUUAAUGAAAUUGAAAGACUAUUUUGUAAUUUACAAUCCAUAUCUAAAAGAUACGGUAAUAUAGAUCUACUUUCAUCAAAUAUGAAAGCAACUUGUAUAGACGAAGAGAUAAUUUCAUUUUCAAGUGCAUUUGAUCAAUUUCAAACUAAUUAUAGUAUUUUUAAAACAAAAGAUAUCAAUAAUAUUAAUUUAGUGAAGAAGUUUAGAAAAGUUCUGAACGAAAUUGAUAAUAAAUUAACUGACAAAUUGGCAUUUGGUAUAAUAGAAUUAAUUGCUGAAGUGAAUAGUGACAAUAGAACUGAAAAAGUUUUUGAAAAGAGACUUAGCGAAUUGGAAUCAUUCGGACGUUCGUUUAGUUAUUGA